AUGUCACCUGCACUUGAUGCGCCGGCCAGUAAGCCGAGGGCGAGGAACAGGCUCCGAAAGCUCACAAAGCUCCGCUCUGGCUCGGCAGCCUCUAACACCACCAACAACAAUGUCUCACCACGGGCCUCGUCGGAUUCAGCCAGGGCAGCUGCUCAGGGCCCACAGUCGCCCAUACGCGGGUCCAUCCCGCCAUCCCCGGAUCUGAGUAGCCAGAAGUGGCUCGAGUACAUACGAAAGAGCGGCUACCUGUGCCCCAUGGAGUCCUCGCCUCACCUGCAGCACACACGGUCCCGCUCGCUUACGCAAAAUACCAACAAGGUCGUACCCGAGCUCGCCCACCUUGCCAUCGACAUUCCCGAGAAGAGCCCCCGGCGGUCAUUGGACACGCAGCAGCCCACGGGUUCACCAAGGUCCGGGUCCUUGUCAGCAUCGUCGAGCCUGAGGCGGUACGCAAAGACGCCCGUGCUACGGGUAGGGCAGCUGGAAGGCAGCGAGAGCAGCACGCCAGGCGCCGAGUCGAUCGCGGCACAGUACCGGGCCCUGCUCAAGUCUCGCAGCCACGACGAGCUGCGUGGUGGUGUCGCGGAAGACGGGCAUGAUGGCAACGACGUCGACACCAGGCAGACCAGCAUAGAGGCUAUACGUGGGGCCACCCGUCGACGGUCACCGUUGCUACCACCGCCAUCACCAUCAUCGACGCUGGGAGCGGGAGCAGAGUUGGAACCAGAGACAGAGCCGAGGGGCUCGCCGACCUCUGACGGCACUCUUGUCGCAUUUGAGGAGGACACCAUCUUCUUCAAGCCGGUGUCGUUCUGGCCCGAGCCGCUGUCACCCAUCCGUGAGAGCGACGGGGGCAGGGGCGGAGUUGAGGACGACUACAAUCACGAAAAUGAGGAUGGAUUUGAGCAGUCACAGCGGCCGCUGCCACAGCCGGGAGUGCUCAGCCUGCAGAUCGCCAUGAACCUGCUCUCGAGGGAGCUGUCGUGCGCGGUGAGCAACGAGGCGCUGAGGGCGCCGACGGACGUGCGGCAGCUGCAGACGUGGGUGAUGAUCGAGGCGUACGAGGCACUCAGGGAUCAGGUGCUGCAGAUGGCACUGCCGGAGGACGAGGCCGAGGCGCUCAGGAGGGCGUUCGGCAUGUGGUUGAGGGCGCUGUACCGCGUCCACGACGGCUUCGCCCGCGAGACGAGUGGGCCCAGCGACAGCGACAUUGAGGCACUGCAGGCGGAGGAUCUAGACUGA